AUGCUGGCAAGGAACCUCUGGACACUGCUCCUCUGUCCUGGACUGGCUGCUGCCGCCGGUCCAUUUCUUAAACAGAUAAACGAGUCUGCCUGGGUAUUUGGAAAUGAUCUAUGGAACUUGACACAGGGCCCGGUCUUCGCAAACAAGCUGUUUUACAAGUCAGAAGACCUCGUAAAAUCGUACCUUGGACACUACAGCGGAUGGGGCAAGUCAAACUCCGAGGACGUAUUAUGGCUCGUGCACAAUGGCGGAGUGAACAACUUGCGCUGGCUAAAUGCCUCGAUCGUGGCACGCGGUUCUGACUGGGCCGAUAUCAGCUUCACGUCUGAGCAAGGCGAUCUUCAUUGGGUCGUCUUUGAAGACUUGGCGGGUGCUUACCAGUACUUCACCAACCGUGCCCUAGAAGCUGUACAGAUCUGGAGAACAGUCUGGCAGCUCGACCCGACCAUUUUUCUUAACGGCCGAACAAACAUCAAAGACCAAGCGCUGCCGGAUUUUUCCCUUUAUACCAACGCGACAAAAGUCCAGGAUGAGACUUUCUUGCUCGCUGACGGCACCUACCUCACAAAAUAUGACUUUGCUGACUUCGUCCGCGACCGUGACUUCCACGGAGUCUAUGGGCCUGAUUUUGGAUCUUGGUACAUUCACCCCUCAUAUGAAUCGUGGUCAUCCAACCAGCUGAGCCAGGGCCUAACGGUCCACCGUGAAUCAUCUGUGGGUUCUGCUGUACAGCUGAAUGUUAUCCAAGACACCUCCCAUUUUCGAGUGACCACGCUUCAACAGCCAGCAUCUGGCAAGAUAUUUGGUCCCUGGCUUUGGUACUUGAAUAACGGAUCGGUCAAAGAUGCCAAAAAGCGGCAAGAGCAAGAGGGUUUCCGCUUUCCCUAUAGCUGGUUUAACAACUCCGCCUAUCAGUCAAGAGGAGAGGUGGCUGGCUCGCUGCGACUCUCUGAUGGACGGCCCGCCUCUGGUGCUUCCGUGUUUCUCGGUGAUACAAACACAACGACACAGCCGAUUGUUCAGGGCAUCAACUACUAUUACACAACCACCACGGAUGAAUCCGGCUACUUCCGGAUCCCUAACGUCCGCACCGGCAGGUAUGAACUUUAUGCGUGGUCCAACGGCGGCGUCCUCUACAACGUCUACACCAACGUGACGUGCACCGACGUCACUGUUGCCAAGGACAAACUGGCGGAGCUUGGAAACAUUACGUGGGAUGUCCCGAAGGGCCGAUCGACUCUCUUCCAAAUUGGCGACUUUGACCGGAAGGCAUACGGGUUCAGGAACGGUGGUCUGCCGUAUCAACACGGCCUCUCGGACAAGAGCCCUGCAAAUCUAACCUACACUGUCGGCAGGUCCAACGUGUCGGACUGGUACUAUGCCCAAUCUGCAAAUGGUACCUGGACCAUCGAGUUCGACGGUGGUGGCGUCAGCGAGGGCAAUGCAAUCCUCAGUGUAUCCCUCGCAGGGCACUCUAAAGGUCCAUCGCUAGUCAUUGAUAUCAACGGACAGCGGCUCGAUACACUGACACCGAAGAAGUUGGCAAACGACGCGGCGUUGUACCGCUCGGGAAGAGUUUCCGGCGAGUGGCGAUUCCUUCAAUACAACAUCACUAGUGAUCAGUUAUACUCCGGCAUCCACGAGCAAAGCUGCGGUGGUAUUCACCUGUACCUGUUGGCACCACACACGCCGCUCGUAUCAGCGACAGAGUGCAUGAUAGACGAAGACGAAGCAUUUCUAAAGAAGUUCAUCAUGGUUGAUUCAAACGGUCAAGACAUCUUCUACAUAGAAAAUAGCAAUAACAUGCGGUUCGUAGGGCCAGAACCCGCCUCGUGA